AUGCCUUCGACCGCUUCGUCAGCAGCUGCGAAAAAGACAACAUCAAUGAAGUCUUUACAAACAAAACUCCGAGGCUUGCAAACAUCACUUUCCAACAUUGCUAAAUUCAUCCAAGCGAUGGAUGCAAACACUAAGACCAGUCAGGUAACAGUUCGUCUUGGGCGUUUAGAUGAUCUUUGGGAAAAAAUCGGCGACGUCAUCAACGAGAUAGAGUCUCACGAGGAAUAUGAAUCAGAAGAAGAUUCACUUACCAAAGAGAGGAUACUCUUCGAAGAUCGGUAUUAUGAGAUGAAGGCAUCUUUGAUAGAUCGGAUCAAGGAGCGUCGAGAACCUGGUACAUCGGAACAGACCAUUCGGGGAGCUGAACCCACACUGGUGUCAUCGGGAGAGCAUGUACGGCUACCGCAAAUAAAAUUGCAGAGCUUUGAUGGCGAUAUUGACGAAUGGCUCAGCUUCAGAGACCUUUUCACGUCACUCAUACAUUGGAAAGCUGAUUUAUCGGAAGUGGAAAAGCUACACUAUCUCAAGGGAUGUCUCGAGGGAGAAGCCAAGGCAUUAAUUGAUCCAUUGAAGCUAACUAAGGGAAACUACACUAUCGCUUGGGAAACGCUACUCAAGCGAUAUAACAACAGUAAACUGCUUAAACGGAGGCAAGUGCAAGCUUUCUUUAAGCUGCCGGUUAUAUCAAAAGAGUCGUCAUCGGAACUCCAUAAGCUGCUGGAAGGGUUUGAUAGAAUCACUCAAACCUUGGAUCAAGUCAUUGAACCUGGUGACUACAAGGAUCUUUUGCUAAUUGAGAUUCUCAGCUCGAGGCUGGAUACCUACACCCGGAGGGGAUGGGAGGAACUGUCCUCUACUAAAGAAAAGGACACUCUCAAGGAUUUAACAGAAUUUCUUCACCGUAGAAUACGGAUAUUAGAAGCUAUACCCACUAAAAACACUGAUCCAAAACCAGAAGUAAUACCAGCGCCGAAGAAAAGGCCGUUUACCAUACGGGCCAGUCACAAUGCGAUACAAUCGUCAACUCCGAAAUGCUUUGCAUGCUCGGAUAGUCAUUGGUUACAUUUGUGUCCGACGUUUCAGCGUAUGGCAGCGGCUGGCCGGGAAACAUUAUUGCGCACACACUCGCUGUGCAGAAAUUGCUUCAGAAAGGGUCACCAGGCAAAGGAUUAUAGCAGUAAUAAAUCUUCUCAGGUGGGAGAGACAUCGGCCACCCAGCAAAGCAAGGAAGCGGCGCUGACUGAAAUGAAACCGAAUACAAGGGUCGGUAAUGUCGCUGCUGUGAAGGUAACAGCCAAUGUUGCACAGCAGCGUGAUUCAAGGGUACUUUUAGCUACUGCGGUAAUUAUCAUCGAGGAUGAUCAUGGUGUGCGGCAUACAGCGCGCGCCCUUUUAGAUUCAGGAUCAGAAUGCAAUUUUGUUUCGGAGAGAUUGUGCAAACAAAUGCACGUUGCCAAGGAAAGGGUAGAAAUCUCUGUCGUUGGAAUUGGUGCAGCUUCCGUUAGGGUGAAGCAUACGAUCCGCGUGAACAUCAGAUCGCGAAACUCAACAUUUACCGAGGUUAUGGAUUUCUUAGUAUUACCAAAAUUGACAUCAAAAUUGCCUACUGCAACGGUGCAGACUAUGGGAUGGGUUAUACCACAAGAGAUCGAACUAGCGGACCCGUAA